AUGACAUCAUCUUCUCUCUUCUUCAGAUUCUCUCCGCUCAUCCUUUUUUCCGCCUGCCAUAUCCAACGCCAGAUUUGGAGCUCGGGAAGUGAGGUGAGAUUAAGAUUUUUUUUAUUUUUUGAUAGUUUUAGAGGCAUUUUGAGAGAUGGAAAAUAUGAUUUUUUUGAGGUGGAAUAAAAGUAUUUUUUUAUUAUUUUCGAAAAAAAUUUUUAAAUAAAUUUUAUUUUUUUUUAUUUUUUGCGAUGCUAAGAUCGCAAAAAAUAAAAAAAUGGAUUUUGGUGUGUGAAAAAAAAACAAAAAAAAAUCAGAAAAAUCAAAAUUAAAAAAAUAUAUUAUUUGCUGAUUUUUAUUUUUUUUAGAUUUUUUUUGAUUUUAAAAAAAGUUUUUUCAGUGGAUUUUACGCUCCAAAAAAUUUUUUUUAGGGAAUUUACAGUCAAAAAAUUGUUAUUUUUAAAAAAAUUUAUAUAUUUUUUUUCUUGAACUUUCCAAUUUUAAAUUUAUUAUUUUUGGAAUUUCGGAUUUUUCAUUUUUUUUUAUUUUUAAAAAUUUUUCCUUUCAAAAAAAAAUUAUUUUAAAGAACCCCAAAUUUAUUAAUUUUAUUAAUUUAUAAACCUUUCACCCCAUACUUCAGCCCGACCCUUCUGGCGACACAUUGUUUUCGCCGCGCCCGCCGCUUUUCGCCCUCUUUCUAGUCCGGUCCAAGCAAGCUGGACCCGCCCGCGCCGACGCCCCGAAAGCAGUCCAAGCCGCGCCGCUCCACUCCAGCCACGACGACGAUUGCCCAACCGCCGGUGGAGGCCUGGCCCAGGCCGGGCACACAGUCCUACCCCAAUAGUGGGGCCAACUCCUUCGAUGAGGCCAGCUCGUCGCUCUCGUUGCCGAAUGCGUCGCCCGAUCUGGCCAACUUGCAUGAUCUCCACAUUCAAAGCCCCCAAGAGCAGGAGAGCGGGGGAAUUGAGACGGUGUCGAGUUGUGGGUGAGUUGGAUUUUUUGCAUGGUGCAGUUUUGGGAAUUACAAUUUUUUUUAUUAUUUUUUUUUAUUUUGCAAUUUUUAAAAUUUUUCAGUUUUUGCACAGUGCAGAUUUCAUUUUUUUUGCACGGUGCAGUUUUGGGAGUUACAAUUUUUUUUGUUAUUUUUUUUUAUUUUGAAAUUUUUAAAAUUUCUCACUUCUUGCACAGUGCACAUUUUUGUGAUUUUUCGCACAGUGCAGAUUUAAUAAAAUUUUUUUUGCACAGUGCAGAUUUAAUAAAAUUUUUUUUGCACGGUGCAAAUUUUUGUGUUUCUUUGCACGGUGCGUUUUUUUGUAAUUUUUUGCACAGUGCAAGUUUUAAAUUUUUUUGCACAGUACCGUGCUGAUUUAAUAAAAUUUUUUUUGCACAGUGCAGAUUUCAUUUUUUUUGCACGGUGCAAAUUUUAUAUUUUUUUGCACGGUGCAAAUUUUUGUAUCCCUUUGCACAGUGCAAGUUUUAUAUUUUUUGCACAGUGCAAAUUUUUGAUUUUUUUUGCACUGUGCAGUUUCAUUUUUUUGCACCGUGCAAGCUUCUUCAUUUUUCGCACAGUGCAAAUUUUAUUAUUCCUUUGCACUGUGCGAUUUUUGUAAUUUUUUGCACAGUGUAAAUUUUAUUUUUUUUCGCACUGUGCAAAAAAUUUCGAAAUUCAUUUUGUACCAUACGGUCGUUCAAAAAUAAAAAAACCCGAAAAACUAGUAAUCUCUGAACCCACCCCUGCAGGGUUUACAAUUUCGAACCACUUGUCACCACCUUUUUCCAACUUUUUCAAUGCUUUUUAAAACUUUUUUGGUCCAAUAUUACACUUGACCAACUAACCAGUGCAAUCUAACUACAAUUGCAUUAGUUAACACAUCAAGUUCUACUUGCGAAGUUCAAGUGCAAUUCUAAAAUAGCUUUUGUAGUUGUUCCUUUAUGUUUUUUCUCUUUUUGGCAUUACAAUUUUCAUUUUCAGCGUCAAACAUGUAAAAGAAGAGAGGCCGGUGGUCUGCCAGGCGAGGAGUUCGUCGUUUUGUCAUACAAUCAUGCCUUCGGGAUCACGUAAGUUUCUUUGUUUACUAUUUUUAGCAAUUUUUUGGGGUUUCGAGGGGGUUUUGAAGGAUUUCCCUGAUUUUCAGGGUUUUCGUGGUGGUACCUGAAAUUGAUGUCAAUGAAAGCGGAUUUUUGAAAAGUUUUUGAAAAAAACAAAUUAUUAUUUAUUUCUAGAGGGCCAAACCUGCAAUCUUUUUUUAUUUCGGAUGGUUUUAGGAACGUUUCCCUGAUUUUCAGGGUUUUCGUGGUGUGACCUAAAAUUGAUGUCAAUGAAUGCUGAAUUUUGUGUGGGUUUUGAAAAAACAAGUUAUAUUUACGCCUGGAAAGCGAAACCUACGAUUUUUUUAUCAUUUCGGAUGGUUUUGGGACGUUUCCCUGAUUUUCAGGGUUUUCGUGGUGGGACCCAAAAAUUGUUGUGAAAAACGUCACAUUUUAGAAACAUGAAAUAGUCAAGUUGUUGUAGGUUCUUUUUAGAGUGAAUAGCAUUUUUAGGUUGUUGGAUUUCAAGAGGUUUUCGUGGUGGGACCAAAAAAUAUUAAAUUUUUAUUUUUUCUUACUUUUUUUAAUAAUAUUUUUUUUGUAAAUCAUUGACUUUUCAGGUGGAUGUCUAACCAAACGAAUAUGGCAGUCAGAGCAGCGAGUCUCGGUGAACCAAGAGAUUGUCAACCGAGAGAUCGACUUGUACAUGGAAAUUGAGCGCAAAAUGUCGGACGAUGUGGAGUCAAAAACUGAUGUUCUGGCUGCAGAAGUGAUCCGAAAAGUCCCUCCAACAAGGUCUCAUAGCAUGGUUGACAGCGUGAGUUGAUAAAAUUUUCUCAGUUUGAGGUAUUUUGUUUCGCACUGUGCAAUUAUUUCUAGUAUUUUUUCGCACUGUGCGUGAGAAAUGAUUAAAUUUUUUUAUGAAUAGUGUAUACGAAGGAUGCCUUUACGUAUUUUACAAUCAAAAUAGGCGAUAGUUUUUUGUCAAAAUUUCAAAAAAAAAACGAGUUUUUCGCCUUGCACAGUGCAUCAAAAAUUUUCAUUUUUUGCACAGUGCAGUUUUAAAAUUUUGUUGCUGCACGGUGCAGAAGAGAUAAGAAGGUGAAAAUUUUGUUCUUUCAGGUCAUAAAACUACAGUAUUUUCUGACAAUACCAUAAAAAUUUUUAUUUUGCUAUUUGCACUGUGCAAUUUUCAAAUUUCUCUUGUUGCACCGUGCAGUCUCAAAAUUUUGUUGCUGCACAGUGGGGAAGAGAGAAGAAGGCAAAAAUUUUGAUUUGUCGGGUACUAAACAACAGUAUCCUCUGAAAAUUUUAUAAAAAAUCUUAUUUUGCUGUUUGCACCGCGCAAACUUUCAAAUUUUUCUCUCUGCACUGUGCGAAAAGCUCAAAAAAUCGGAAAUUGGUUUUUUGGACCCCAAAAUCAUCGCACAUGCUUCUUCUUCUCCCAUAAUCUCUAUUUCAAUUUUUUCAGCCCUACUCCCAAGCCGGUCCAUCGUCGUUUUCGCCGACGGCCGCGGAUUACGAAGAGAAUAGCUUCCAAAAAGACAUUGCGGCGAGGAUUCGAGGUGGGUUCAUUAUGCAUUCAGUUGAAGGGUGGUUUUGA